AUGACUGAUACUGCAGAAUACACCCCGCAGGCCAACCACCUUGCCAACUCGCCUGUGACAAAAAUAUUCCCAACCAAUGGCCCAUUUCCUGACGCUGAUCCUGGAACUGAAGCAGAAUUUACCAGAAUGUGUGAACAACUCAAAAGACCUAUUCAAAUGUUGUUGAAAAAAGAGAUUGUAUGGAGGAAGAGGAACCCGCUUCAUUUCUGGCAGUCACUCGCAUUUACUCUCAGGAGUGAAGACCUCACUCGUGUUGCUGUUUCGUCUUUUGUGGAUACGAUGGGUCACAACAAAUUAUACAUUGCUUCCAAUGAUCCAAUGACCUCGGCUCAACAACAAGAAGUCACCGAAAUUGUCCAGAUGUUCUUGGACCUGAGGCCCGCCAACGAAAUUGCAGCCAAACUCUUGCCUCGUCACUUGCCAUACAUUAUCAAGCAGUUUGACAAGAUCACACGUCUUCAACUGGAAGCCUUUGCUGCAGAAUACCCUGGUGAUUUAUCAAGCACGGUCAAGACCUUGUCAGUCAAAAAUAUUUCAGGAGAUGCUCUUUCAUUGGAUGACAUCCGGCCGUUGCUGAAUUUGAUUGUGGAGAACAGAAAGUCCCUUCGCGCAAUGAAAGACGACAGCACGAUGGGCACCUCCAAAGCCGCGAAAAAAAGGCCUAUCAUUUGUGCAAGAUGGAUAAGAGUCGGAGAGGAAAUCCAUUUCGUUUUGAAAAAGGUUCGAAAGCACCAGCCAGAUCCAGCACUCCAAUCAUUGUCAAGGCAUUUUCAGUUUACUUCACUUGGCUGCCACGCCGAACUCGCUAUUUUGAAGACUGCCAAGGAUUGCUGUGCGUCAAGAACUCUCUACAUUGGCGUAUCAAAACGACCGUGCUACUGCUGUUCCCUAUUCUUCAAGGCGGUCCAAGAGAACCAAAGUACCACUUUCGACAUUUCGAUUGUUACGACGCACGGCAAAUUAUAUGGCAGGUGGAACAGGAUUGAAGGCUGCUUUGACAAGGAAUUCAACCAAGUCUGGGCAAAGGUGAUUGAGGAUAUUACAGCCCGUAAAAAAUAUCUGACACACCAAACUGACGACAAUUCCUCCGAAUCAGAUGAUGACUAUCGUCCAACAGCGGAAUUGACAUCGCCAUCCUUAAAGACAGCGUCCCACUCUUGGACAAUGGGUUUUCCAUCUGCAGCCAUAAUGUCCGUUGGCAUAUCUACAGCUGAAGAACCAAGAUGGGUAGCAAGAAUUCGCAAGUUCAAGGAGUUUCAAGCCAAUGCCCAGCCAGAAUUUCGAAAUGUCACAAAAUAUGCUGAGGUGUUGUGUGGUACGUUGUUUCCAGAGGAUAUUAGAAAGAUCGCACACCUUGGAUUCAUUUGCGUUUAUCCAUCAGGAUAUCGUUACGAUGUCAAAAAGCCGGAGGAUUUCAUCAUUGAACGUUAA